AAAUAAUAUAUUUAAGAUUCAAUUAUUUAAGAGUAGGUAGGGAGGGACCAUUCUUUUUUCUCUAUAUAUAAUUCCUUACCUCCCAUAGUUAUUAUGAAAAUGAAGAGCCUCAUAAUUUUUCAUUUGUAAAUGGAAGCUGGUACUACGUUUUUCAAUUUAAAGAUGAGUUUGUUAAUAUUGUGCUUCUUCUUCACCAACUUGUGGAUGGGUUUGGGUGAUAUGAAUGGAAUUGGAGAGCAGCCAUUGUCAAAGAUUGCAAUUCACAAAACCAUUCUUGCACUUCAUAGUUCUGCCUCUAUUACAGCUUCCCCCUUUUUGCUUGGUAAUAAGGGCGAGGACACCGAAUGGGUGACAGUGGAACUUGAGGGGCCUGAACCAACCAAUGAAGACUGGGUUGGAGUUUUCUCUCCAGCAAACUUUAAUUCAUCAACAUGUCCACCCAACCCCAGUGACAUUGGAUGGGUAGAUAUUCCAUAUAUAUGCACAGCUCCAAUAAAGUACAAAUAUGCCAACCACUCUGAUCCUAACUAUAAUAAGACAGGGAAAGCUGUUUUGAAAUUCCAAUUGAUCAAUCAACGUGCAGAUUUCUCCUUUGCAUUAUUUUCAGGUGGAUUAUCCAAUCCUAAACUUGUGGCAGUUUCGAACUUCAUCGCGUUUGCAAAUCCUAAAGCACCUGUGUAUCCACGCCUUGCUCAAGGAAAGUCUUGGAAUGAAAUGACGGUUACCUGGACAAGUGGAUAUGACAUAAGCGAAGCUGUACCAUUUGUGGAAUGGGGUCCAAAGGGAAGAAAGCAGAUACAAUCUGCUGCAGGAACAUUGACAUUUAAUCGUAACAGCUUGUGCGGUCAACCUGCGCGAACUGUUGGCUGGCGUGAUCCUGGUUUUAUACACACAAGUUUCCUUAAAGAACUUUGGCCAAAUAUGAGGUAUACCUAUAGGUUGGGGCAUUUCUUGCUUGAUGGAUCUUAUGUAUGGAGCAAGAGGUAUUCAUUCAAAGCAUCCCCAUAUCCUGGACAAAACUCAUUGCAGCGUGUUAUCAUAUUUGGCGACAUGGGAAAGGCCGAGCGUGAUGGUUCAAACGAAUAUGCAAAUUAUCAACCUGGUUCACUUAACACCACUGACCAACUCAUCAAGGAUUUAGACAAUUUUGACAUUGUUUUCCACAUAGGAGAUCUACCAUAUGCAAAUGGAUACAUCUCACAGUGGGAUCAAUUCACAGCUCAAGUGCAAGAAAUUUCUUCAACAGUUCCAUAUAUGAUAGCAAGUGGAAAUCAUGAACGUGAUUGGCCAAACACGGGAUCCUUCUAUGACACUCCAGAUUCAGGUGGAGAAUGUGGAGUUCCAGCUGAAACCAUGUACUAUUUUCCUGCUGAGAACAGAGCCAAAUUCUGGUAUGCAACAGAUUAUGGUAUGUUUCGUUUCUGUAUAGCAGACAGUGAGCAUGAUUGGAGAGAAGGAUCAGAACAAUACAAAUUCAUUGAGCAUUGCCUUGCAACAGUAGAUAGAAAACAACAACCAUGGUUAAUCUUUGCAGCACAUCGCCCACUCGGUUACUCCUCUAAUGAUUGGUAUGCCCAAGAGGGUUCAUUUGAAGAGCCAAUGGGAAGGGAAAGUUUGCAACGGCUUUGGCAGAAGUACAAAGUAGACAUUGGAUUUUAUGGUCAUGUCCAUAACUAUGAAAGAGUAUGCCCCAUUUAUCAGAACCAAUGCGUGAAUAAGGAAAAAUCUCAUUACUCUGGCACUGUGAAUGGAACAAUUCAUGUUGUUGUUGGAGGAGGGGGAAGUCACUUAUCAGACUUCGCCAAAGCACCUCCGGUUUGGAGUAUUUUCAGGGACAAAGACUAUGGUUUUGGCAAACUAACAGCAUUCAAUCACUCGUUUCUCUUGUUUGAGUACAAGAAAAGUAGUGAUGGAAAGGUCUAUGACUCUUUUACCAUUUCCAGGGACUAUAGAGAUGUCUUGGCAUGUGUGCAUGAUGGUUGUGAGAAAACCACCUUGGCAAGCUGAGUUAUGUUCUGCAGUAGAAUUGAUGUAGUCUCAAAAUGAAAUAAAAUAAUUUCAAGAUAAA